UUAGUCAGAAAAUCAGGAAGAGAAUCAGCAAGAGAACAGCUGAAGGCUUCGCUACUCGUAUAAUCCUUGUCAUUUAGUAGUAAAGAGACGAUGAUUUCGAAAGCAACGGAGAAAAAACAUGCGAAAGAGAAAGUUUCGAGUGGGAUUUAAAGAGGAAGAAAAUAAAAGUAUACGUGCAAUCCUGAAUAAAGCCUACCUUGUUGCCUUGUUGCCUCUAAAAGAAUAGUCAAGGUUUAGUUGCUACGUGAUAUCGUUGUAUAUUCGUAUACGUUGCCUUUUCGAGCGGGAAGAAUCGAAUUUGUUAAUUGUUGCUAUGGCGGACUUUGAUGCCAUUUACGAGGAAGAAGAGGAAAAUGAACAAAAUUUGGAGGAGCAUUACGUGACGAUGGUGCCUGAUCCUAUAAUUAUUCGUGGGGCUGGAAAUAUGACUGUUUUUGGACUUAGCAAUCGUUUCGAAUCCGAGUUUCCCAGCGGCCUGGUAUCCAGAGUAGCUCCGGAAGAAUUCAAGGCAACCGUUAUGAGAAUAAAUAGCGUCUUGAAAAAAACUUUACCAGUUAACGUUAAAUGGUUAUUCUGUGGUUGCGUUUGUUGCUGCUGUACAUUGGGAUGCUCUUUGUGGCCAGUUAUUUGCCUAAGUAAAAGGACACAGCAUUUGCUUAAUAAAUUGUUAGAAUGGGAGAAUGGUAGACUGUAUCAUAAACUCGGGUUACAUUGGCGACUAACUAAACAAAGAUGUGAUAGCUCCUCUAUGAUGGAAUACGUACUUUUAAUCGAAUUUAUUCCAAAAAUACCGAUAUAUAGACCAGAUUAAAAUAAUGUCUUGUACAAUCGACGAAAUAGGAAAUAUAACAGGCACUUGAUUAGCCAGAUCGUUAAUUUCCAAUUAUAUCGAAUGGAUAAAAGGCACUAGGUAUUGCCGCAAUGCCAUAGAUAUUUGGUGGAACGCAUAUUUUUGUAAAUAUUAUGCGUAGGAAUACACAGUACAAUAAUAAGAUAGGUAUAUGGGCAAUAGCAGUUAGUUCUCAAUUCACGCCAAUGUUGCAUUAUAUGAUAAUGCAAUCUACACAAGUUACAUUUUGAUUGUAUAAACUCGAUUCCUCCUUUUCGAGUUAUUGUCGAAAAAUAUCGCGAGGAAGAAUGGCGUAAAUUCGAGGUCCAUCUGCGUAUGUUAUAUUACCCCAUUGAUUUAAGAUACCUUAGAACGAUUGAAAUACGAGCCAUUUACACUCUCAUCUUUCAUAAUAAAAUGAAAGAAUCUUGUUGUUGAUAUGUAUUAUUGACGAAUCGAGAAGGGAUAAGAAGGUAUUUUAUCGUUUACGGAGAAAAAUGUUAACGGAUACUCUUCUGAAAAAAAAACACUAUCCGCAGCGCUUAGCGCAUAGAAGCACUAUUAUUUCUUAUUUUUCGUUUACUUUUAUCUAUGUAACUAAUAUUUAAUAAUACAAUCUAUUGGCUAAUUAGUAUUUCAAUUCUCAGGUAAGAAAUUAAUCUCGAUCAGUACAACGAACAUAUUCAAUUGUAGAAAGUAAUGUAAAAAGUGAAAAUGACUCUAGGACAAUUUUGUAUAGUUCGCAAAAUAUAUCGGAUAUACGUCAUGUGUUGUUUUGUAUAUAUUUGUUUAUACGUAUAGAUUUAUUUUAUGUAUAAGUUGAUUUCUUACCACAGUGAUAUUAGAAAUAACGCUAUGUAUGUACAGCUCGUGUACAGCUCGUGUACAGCUUACGAAUUCAUUUUAAAUACAAUUUUAACCAAA